CAUCAAACCAGGGCCUUCAGAUGAUGUUGAUGAGAGCGUUCUGACUAACACUUCUCUCUUGAUGCCCAGUGAUGGGAAACCAAAGCAGCAGAAUCAGUGACUUGCUCUUACGAGCUCUCGACAACCUUUCUCAGGAAGAUUUGAAAAGAUUUAAAGACAAACUGUCACAUUCUGACUUUGAGGGGAAAGGUAACAUCCCCCGAGGUCGGCUGGAGAAUGCCGACAGGAUAGAUACGAAGAACCUCCUGAUGGAAUUCUAUAGUGGAGAUGCUGCAGUAGAUGUAACCAUAGAGGUUUUCACUCAGAUCAACCUCCAAGAUUCAGCUGCAAAACUCAGAGGGGAAAGAGAGAAAGAGUUUCAUCAGAGUCAAAACCCAUCAGAGUUGUCGGCAAAAGGUUACAAGAAGAAGUAUAAAGAAGAUAUUAAAAAGAAAUACAAGCUAAUAAAAGACAUGAACAGUCGUUUUGGUGACUAUAUGAUUCUAAACAGAAGAUACACAAACCUCACUAUUGUAGACAGACCUCGUCAGGCAAAGGAGAGAGAACAUGAAAUAAUGGCCAUGGGAUGGAGACAUGCAGAAGUCAUGACUGAACGAGCUAGUUCUGCAGUUACACUGGCCACCCUCUAUAAACCUGAUAAAGAUGGACAAACACCACAAGUCAUUGUGCUGCUGGGAGCUGCUGGGAUUGGGAAAACAAUGACUGCAAGAAAGAUCAUGUACGAUUGGGCAGCUGGGGAACUCUAUAAGAAAAAGUUUGAUUAUGUUUUCUACAUAAACUGCAGGGAAAUGAACCUUCUUAAUGAGCAGGGAAGUGUGGCUGACAUGAUUUUUAAAAGUUGGCUUAAUACAAAUGCACCAGUUAACCACAUUCUAGUGAAUCCAGAAAAACUCCUGUUCAUAAUAGAUGGGUUUGAUGAAUUGAGAUUUUCCUUUGAUCAGCCUAAAGAUAAUCUGUGCACUGACCCCUGGGAGAAGAAGCCAAUGGAAAUCCUCCUGAGCAGUUUAUUUAGGAGAACAGUUCUUCCUGAGUCCUACCUGAUGAUCACUACAAGACCAGCUGCUCUGGAGAAACUCGGGCAAUGUUUGGAAUGCUCACGUUAUGCAGAGAUCCUGGGGUUUUCCGAAGCUGAGCGGGAGGAAUAUUUCCACAAGUUCUUUGGAAAUGAAAACCAAGCAAGACAAGCUUUACGAUUUGUGAAAGCAAAUGAAAUUCUUUUCACCAUGUGCUUUGUCCCCUUUGUAUGUUGGAUCAUCUGCACUGUUCUGAAACAACAGCUUGAAAAAGGUGAGAAUCUCACACAAACUUCAAAAACAGUCACUGGAGUGUAUAUGCUCUAUCUUUCCAGUUUAGUCAAGCCUCUCAGCAACAAUACAAAGCAACACUUAUAUGGAAAUCUGAGGGGACUUUGCUCUUUGGCUGCUGAUGGAAUCUGGAAACAAAAGAUACUGUUUGAGGAAGAAGAAAUCAAGAAGUUUGGCUUAGAUCGAGAAAACUCUCUCCCUCUCUUUUUGAAUGAGAAUAUUUUUCAAAAAGAAACUGACUGUGAAUGUCUCUACAGCUUCAUUCACUUAAGCUUUCAGGAAUUUUUUGCAGCUUUGUUAUAUGUCCUGGAGGAAGAUGAAACAAUAGAUUCAGGGAUUCCCAAGAAAGAUGUGAAAACGUUGUUAGAAAACUAUAGAAACUCUAAAAAUUAUUUAAUGUUAACAGUGCGAUUCCUGUUUGGGUUCUUAAAUGAAGAAAGAAUGAAGGACCUGCAGGAAAAAUUUGGGUGUAAACUUUCACCUAAAAUUAAGGCAGAUUUACUGAAGUGGGUUCAAGCAAACCAACAAACAGAUUUAACCUUGCCCUGUGUUCAUGAGGGGAUUUAUCAAAGUUAUCAGCUUGAGUUGUUUCACUGUGUGUAUGAGAUGUAUGAAGAAGAUUUUGCAGUUAAUGCAUUGGAUCACUUCACUGAACUGAAAUUAAAUCAAAAUAAAUUUACCCAGAUGGAUCAAAGGGCUCUUUCAUUCUGUGUAAAGCAUUGUCGUAGUCUGGAGUCACUUUGUAUAUAUGACUGUACAUUUAGUUUAGAAGACCAUGAGGAAGAACUCCCAAGACGACAAAAGUGGCUACAUCAGAAGCAACGUCAGAGUAAGCCACAGCAUUCGUCUAUUUACCUGCUCUGUCAAGCACUGAAGGAUCCAAACUGUAAAUUAAAGAAACUAGAGUUUUCUGAUUGCCAUUUGACAGCUGCUUGCUGUGAGGAUCUCUCCUCUAUUCUUGGUACCAAACAGACCUUGGUUGAGUUGCGCCUGGCAGGAAACAGCCUGGGAGAAUCAGGAGUGAAGCUGCUGUGUGAGGGACUGAGGCAUGCAAACUGCAAACUGCAGAAACUGGGAUUGAAGGCUUGUGAAGUCUCAGCUGCUUGUUGUGGGGAGCUCUCUUCUGCUCUCAACACCAACCAGCUGCUAACAGAUCUGGACCUGAGUGGUAAUCAACUGGGAGCCUUGGGAAUACAGCUGCUGUGUGAAGGACUGAAACAGCCAAACUGCAAACUGCAGAGACUAGUGUUGAGAUUUUGUGGUCUCACAGGCACUUGCUGUGGGGAUCUCUCCGCUGUUCUCAGCACCAGACAGAGCCUGACAGAGCUGGGCCUCAGUUAUAAUUUUUCUCUGGGAGAUGAUGGAGUUCAGCUGCUGUGUGAGGGACUGAAACAUCCAAAUUGCAAAUUACAGAUACUAGGGUUGGAGGGGUGCAGACUUUCAGCUGUAUGUUGUGGGUUCCUCUCCUCUGCUCUCAGCACCAGCCAGGCCCUGACAGAGCUGAACCUUUGGGGGGCGAAGCUGGGAGAUUCAGGCGUGCAGGUGUUGUGUGAGGGACUGAGACAUCCCAACUGCAAACUGCAGAAAAUACUGUUGGGGAGUUGCAGCCUCACAGCUGCUUGCUGUGGGGAUCUCGCCACUAUUCUCAGCACCAGCCAGAGCCUGACAGAGCUGGAACUGGCGGAUAACAAACUGGGGGAUUCAGGCGUGCAGCUGCUGUGUGAGGGACUGAAACACCCAGACUGCAAACUGCAGAAACUAGUCACCAGCCAGACCCUGACAGAGCUCGGCGUAAGGUGGAACAACCUAGGAGAUUCAGGAGUGCAGCUGCUGUGUGAAGGAUUAAAACAUCCAAACUGCAAAUUACAGAUACUACAACUGAGUGGUUGCCAUUUCACAGCUGCUUGUUGUGGGGAUCUCGCCUCUGCGCUCAGCACCAACCAGACACUGACAGAGCUGAUCCUGGGAGAGAAAACAAUGGACAACUCAGGUGUGAAACAGUUGUGUGAAGGACUGAAACACCCAAACUGCAAACUGCAGAAACUGGGCUUGAGCAGUGUCAAUAUAAAUGAAGAGACACAGAGAGAGCUAGAUGCUGUGAAAAAGAGGAAACCUGAUAUGGUCAUACAUGUAUGGAAGAAUUGGUGAGCAGGAGCCAUUGCACCGACACCGCUCUGGCCUGGCUGUCGGCCUGCUAGCUGGCACAGCAGCUAGGGAUAGGACCUGCCUCUUUUAAGGCAUCUCUGGUAUC